CUAAAAAAUGUGCAAAUAAAUAAAAUUUUAAAAAAUACUAAUAAAAUAUAAAUACUACCUCCAAAGGCAUUGCAUUUUAAAAUAAAACAAAGAGUUAAAACAAAAGAUCGGAAGGAAUAAUACCUGGGAUCCCCUUUAAGAAACGGCCUUAAGAUCGGGGAAAUAAAGGCAAUACCCGCAUAUCCCUACGCGAUAUACCAGCCGCCGGAGUUGAACCCGGACCGCGAAUUCGAGAUGGUGUACUCCACGAACAUCCUGCUGGCGAUCGUGACGAUCCUGACGGGCGUCUUCAUAUGGUCCCGCCGCACCUACGUCUACUGGCAGCGCCGCCGGGUGAAGUUCGUCCAGCCCACCCACCUUUUGGGCAACCUGACCCGCGUCCUCCGACUGGAGGAGUCCUUCGCCCUCCAGCUGCGCCGCUUCUACUUCGACGAGCGGUUCCGCAACGAGCCCGUAGUGGGCAUCUACCUGUUCCACCAGCCCGCCCUCCUCAUCCGCGACCUGCAGCUGGUGCGGACCGUUCUCGUCGAGGAUUUCGUCAGCUUCUCGAACCGAUUCGCCAAGUGCGAUGGGCGCAGCGAUAAGAUGGGCGCCCUGUCGCUAUUUUUGGCCAAACAGCCCGAGUGGCGCGAGAUCCGCACCCGUUUAGCGCCCGCCUUCGCCGGCGCCAAGCUGAAACAGAUGUUCUCGCUGAUGGAGGAGAUCGGCUGCGACUUGGACUGGUAUCUGAAGCGUCUGACCCGAGAUUUGCGUCGAGGCAACGCCGAACGCGGGGCCAUCGUGAGCAUCAAGGAUGUGUGUGAUCUCUACAACACCGACAUGAUAGCCAGCAUCGCCUUCGGCCUGAGAUCCUACAGCCUGAGGAACACGCAAUCGGAGAUCGGUUCACAUUGUCAGGACCUGUUCCGGCCGAAUGUCCGUCGAAUAAUCGACUUGUUUGUGAUCUUUUACCUGCCCAAACUGGUGCCGCUGCUGCGGCCCAAACUUUUCACGGAGCCGCAUGCGGAGUUCCUGCGCCGGGUCAUCCAGCUGGUGAUCGAGGAGCGGGAACGGGGCGGCGAUCUGCGCAACGAUCUCAUCGAGAUGCUGCUGACGCUCAAGAAGGAGGCGGACCUGCAGCAGGACAAGUCGCACUUCACGCACCAUCGCGACUUCUUGGCCGCCCAGGCGGCCUCCUUUGAGGUCGCCGGCAUCGAGACCUGUUCGGCGAGCAUGUCCUUUGCCCUCUACGAGCUGGCCAAGCAGCCGCUGAUGCAGUCCCGCCUGCGUCGCGAAAUCCGCGAGGCCUUCGCGGACGAUCCCAACGGGAAGCUCACCUUCGAGGCCAUCUCCCGGAUGCAGUUCCUCGACAUGGUCGUGGAGGAGACGCUGCGCAAGUAUCCGAUCGUACCGCUCCUGGAGCGCGAGUGCACGCCGAUCAACAAGAAGCGCUUCUACUCGCUGAGGCCGCACGCCGAGUGCUACGCCCGUCGCGGGAUGCCCGUGUUCAUAUCCAAUCUGGCCAUACAUCACGAUCCCAAGUACUGGCCGGAUCCGGAGCGCUUCGACCCGGAACGCUUCAGUGCCGCGAACAAAAUGCUGCAGGCGCCCAUGUCCUACCUGCCCUUUGGGGCCGGGCCGCACAACUGCAUCGGGAUGCAGAUCGGCCUGCUGCAGAUAAAGCUGGGCCUCGUCUACUUUCUGCACCGCCACCGCGUCGAGAUCUGCGACCGUACCGUGGAGCGGAUCCAGUUCGACGCCAAGUUCGCGCUGCUGGCCAGCGAACAACGCAUUUACCUCAAGGUCGACCGCUUAUAGCCGCCGACCCAUGCGCCCAUCCGCCCAUUCGAUAUCAGCAGCAUUAUUUUAUGGGUUUUCUGGGGCGGGAGCAGGGCCCCCAUCGUCAUCUCUUUGUAAAUACUUCGGCCUGCCUCAAAUAAACUUUGCUACGAUCAUUUUUUUUUCUAAAUACCAA